GUUCUGCGUUUUAAUCAAUUCAGAAAAGAUAAUGCAGUGAAUUUUUCAUUCGUAUCCCGACGCUGAUAGUGGACGUCGUGACUGUGUUUGGUUGGUUCGUUCCCGCCCGCGAGAAUCCGUGAAAUGUGAGGCUCCCGCGUUCUGUGCCUUGCUCCGAUUCGGUUGUGUGCUGUGUCGUGGGUGACGAAGAUCCCAGGUCUCGUCGAAGUGGUGGUGAACGUGCAACUUUUCGUGCUUCGUGUUGGCGCCUUUGAGUUGAGGAACUUCUGAGCCAUGUCUGACAGAUUUCAUCGUGCUGCUCGAGAUGGGCUCCUUGAGGUGUUGAAGGAGGCGACACACAAGGACUGCAACGUUCGCGACGAGGACGGGAUGACCCCAACGAUUUACGCGGCGUAUGAAGGGAAGGUUGAUGCCUUACGGUUACUAGUCGGUCGAGGUGGGGAUCCUGACAAAUGCGACAAUUUUGGAAACACGGCGUUGCAUUGCGCCGCAGCUCGUGGUCACAUGCUUUGUGCCUCAUUCCUGGUUAAUUUUGGUGUGAAUCUGUGGGCAUUGGACAACGACUAUCACACUCCGAAGGAUCUAGCUGCUCUAAAUAAUAGAGACGACAUUCUCCGCUUUUUGGACAGCAAAGCCGCGGAGCAGGAACAAAUGAAUCCAAAAGAUGUUAAGCACAAAAAGGAUAAAGCCACAAAGGAAGCCGAGAAGCGAAUAAAAGAUUUUGAAAAAAUACAAAAGAAGGCUACAAAACGUGCUGAGAAAGAAGAAAAGAAGCGACUUCAAGAGCGCGAACGCAUGAAAAAGGCGACAGAAAAUGACACUUCGACCACCUCUUCGUCAGCACUGGAAACAAUCGCAGGGUUCGUUCAAACGGAACGUCGUGGCAGCCUGAAGUUUUCAGACUUGGUGAGCUCGACUCACGGAAAUGUGCCAAAGCGACAGGGCACAGGUGUAAAGGCAAAGAUACAACAAAAGAAGGACACAAACGAGUUCAAGUUGAGCAAAAUCGAGGACGGAACGAGAACUGUGAGCAGGAUUACAGGCCUGCGGCGCGAUAACGAAGUGUUGUACGUGCCAAAAUUCGAUGCUGGAGAUAGCACUGAUGGAGCCGCGAAACGAGGGAAGAUUCCGAACGAUUUCGGUAGCAAGAGCAGUGGAACGUCGAACGGGGACAUAAUUCUUCACGAACCGGCGAGCCUCUUUGAUCGGCCUGGAUUUGGUUCGGUGGCUUUCAGGUCUGUGUCUGCAACUUUGAGCCAGAUGAAUCGGGUUGAGAUGCUGGAGGAAGAAGAAGAAUUUACUCAUUAUUCGGGUAGAAUUUCAAAGACUCGUCGAGGAACAGGUGAUGAAGGAUCCAUCAGCUCGGGUGGAAGCGGGGCGAGGAGCCAAGAUCAUGAUGUACCUUGGGAUGUCGAGGAUUUACCGAGUGACGACGAGCAGGAGACAACCCCUUUGCACUUGCUGUUGGUCUCAUCUGGAUUGAUCGACUGGCUGCCAGUGUUCAACAAAGAGCGUAUUGACCUGGAAGCGCUGAUGUUACUGACGGAGAGCGACUUGCAUGACCUAGGAUUGCCACUAGGUCCCAGGAAAAAGCUAGUAAAGGCCUUGUCUGACCGGAGGGAUGCCUUGAAAAAUCCAGGUCCAGUCGUGGACUCGAGAGUUUAGUUUGUGCCUUCAACUGCCGUGGUUUUUAUUUUCUUGUGGGAACCGGGGACCAAAGUUUUUUGUGUGUGGAAAAACUGAAGCUUUCCUCAUUCAAUGUUGUUCAGUGAUCAUAGCCAAAGAUUCCAUCCGCGCAACUGUUUCGUCCAGAUAUUUUAUGUGUGAUUGUGUAGCCUUUAUGAGAAUCAUACGAGGAUUGACUGUACGGGAAGAAAACUCUCGUUGGGGAACAAAUCUAGUAGAAACUUCCAUGUUGGGACUGUCUGUUCUUUGAAUACAGUAUCUUUGUGCUCGGCUGAAAAUGUGUUGAAAUGCACUCAUUGUCAACGAGGGCUAUCGCGAAAUUCAAAUCGUAGAUUUCAAUCAUGGUUUUGCGACUGGAAGAAAUCCAAGGAAAAACGCGCAGUAGACUUUAUAUCUUAUGUGACCUCAGCAUUUUGUUUUUUCUUCUGUCGGUGAUGUCGAAUAAUGUGUGGAAUUAAUGAAAGUUUUGAGUCAUGUGUGGAAACGGAAGA